AUGUCUUCUGCCGUCGACAACCUCGCCGAGAACCUCAAGAACGCCAGCAUCGAGGAUAACUCUGCUGCAAACAAUGAAGCUGUCCUGGCUUCUGCCGCGGAAGGUCGUCGAUUGUACAUCGGGAAUCUCGCUUAUGCGACAACUGAGGUGGAACUCAAGGAGUUCUUUUCGGGCUACGACGUCGAGACAACUUCCAUCCCUGUCAACCCGCGUACCAACCGUCCUGUCGGCUAUGCCUUUGUCGAUCUGAAAACUGCCGAAGAGGCGGAGAAGGCCAUCGAAAACCUGUCUGGCAAGGACAUCCUUGAGCGCAAGGUUUCUGUGCAACUCGCUCGCAAGCCUGAUCAGAGUGGCUCAGCUGAGGAGGGUGCUGAAGGUGCCGAGCGCAAGCGAUCCUCUGGACGUGGUCGUGGCGGUCGUGGCCGAGGUCGUGGAGGUCGUGCUCGUGGAGGUGCCAGAGCUGCCGAGGGAGUCUCCAACGACUUCACGGAGAAUCCUCUUCCGUUGACCGACGUUACCGCCGACGCCAACAAGGGCCCUUCCAGCACCGACGGCAAACCCCGCGCUCCCCGUCCCCCGAAGCAGCGUGGACCACCGGAAGAUGGCAUCCCAUCGACCACCAAGGUCAUGGUUGCCAACCUGCCCUACGAUCUUAGCGAGGAAAAGCUCAAGGAACUUUUCGCCGCCUACGAGCCGGUAUCCGCCAAGAUUGCUCUUCGUCCCAUUCCCCGAUUCAUGAUCAAGAAGCUUCAAGCUCGCAACGAACCUCGCAAGGGCCGCGGCUUCGGCUUUGUCACUCUUGGUUCCGAGGAGUUGCAGAAGAAGGCUGUGGAGGAGAUGAAUGGCAAGCAGAUUGAGGGUCGUGAAAUCGCAGUCAAGGUCGCCAUCGACAGCCCAGGCAAAGAGGACCAUGACGAAGCUCAUGAAGCAGCGGAGAGUGGCCAGGAGAACGGUACCAACGGUACCACGGAGGAGGUUGCUGCCGCUUAA